CCGAGUCGAAUGACUAUCAUUAUUGUCGUAAGCCAGUUCUGCAUUUCAUUCGUUUCACGACACACCGCGCGAUCAGACGACAGGACCGGCAGGCGAGUAUACACACGACGAAGUUGAACGCAAAAAAACCACACAAGCCAGGAUGGCUUGGAAAAAGACGCUGUUCGUGUCGCUGCUGCUCGUGGUCCUACUGUGUACCUUUGAUCAGGCAGAUGCAUUUUGGUGGGGCCGAAGAAGAAGACGAAGAUCACCUCCACCACCACCAGCGCCCAGGUUUUCCUAUUGUCCCUCCUCAAUGACAAAUACAACGGACAAUGCUAACGGGAGGCGGGUAGUUGCCUACUCCAUACCACGGGCUCCUGGCUUCACUGUCAGGCGAACGUGUGGGCCAGCAUCGGGAAGUGUUUUCGAUGAAGGAGUGCACACUAUAACGCAUGAAGCAAGGAACAGUGCAGGCCAGAGAGCCUACUGUACAUUUAAAGUCACAGUAACUGUCCUGCGAUGUCCAAAUAUUCCAUCAAGCAGUCAUCGCAUGUUUAGCUGCACCAAGUCUGUCAUUAGCGGCUCGGAGUGCACCUUCAGUUGCCGGCACGGAUACAGGCUCGUCGGUUCCAACUCCCUAACCUGUCAAAAUAACGAGAGAUGGACCAAUGAUUUCCCAACGUGCCAAGCGAGGACGUGCAGUCCCCGACAAACCUCCAUCCCCGACGGAAAUGUCUCCUGCUCUGACUCCAACCUGUUUGGUAGCGUAUGCACCUUUGCCUGUAACCGCGGCUUUGGGUUUCAGCCUGGCGACACGGCCACCCGCACCUGUGGGUCAACCUGGUCCGGGAGUGUGCCAACCUGCAUAGAAUUGAGCUGCCCGCCCCUAGCUGCUCCCCCUCACGGCAGGUUCAGACAGCCCUGCGACAAUACCUUUGGUUCCUGGUGCUACUUGGUCUGCGAGGAGGGUUACAGUGUCGCAGGGAGCGCGUCGCGACGCUGCACAGAGUCUGAAACCUGGGAUGGCACCCCCACCGAAUGUCGAAUUAACAUGUGCCAGAAGUUAACGCCAGGUCCCGGCCUGCAAGUGGUCCCUGUGUACACCUGUCCGGCAGGGAACUCGGUACCCUACAAUAGCAUCUGCUGUUAUACCUGUGAGGACGGUCACAUCAUGCACGGAGCAUCAGCGCUGGUGUGCGGUGCCGACGGCAGCUGGCUGCAGACUUUACCUGUUUGCCAAGAAAUUACGUGUUCAAGCAACGAUCUUCCAGCUCCGGUCAACGGUAUGAAGAGUGGCUGUAGCGGGCAGCGUAUACCUUACGGCACGACGUGCACACUGUCCUGUAACCACGGAUACACCCCGACUACGACCACACAGAGAACGUGUCAGAGGGACAUCAGUAACCUGGGCGUGUGGUCUGGUGGAACAAUAACAUGCACAGCUGUGACUUGCCCUCCACUUGCAAACCCGCCCAAUGGUUUCAUCUCGACCUGUGUGCGCAACGGGCAGGAAUCGGCUGUUAGAGAUCGUCAGCAGUUUGACACAGCGUGCACUGUAGCGUGCGACAGUGGCUACACCCUACGGGGCACCAACACUCUUACCUGCGUGGUAUCUGGUGCUUGGACCGGGACCAGCUUGGAAUGUACAGACGAGACCAACCCGGUUGUGCAGUGCCCUCUCGACCAGGUCAUCUUUGCCGGAGAAGGGCAGAGUAGGGUCUCCAUAUCGUGGCAGUGGGAACCAGUUAUGGCGAGAGAUGCAGGGAGUGACAUACCUGCCAUUUUACAGAGCAUCGACUCGAACCCAUUCAGUGCUCCCAGGCCUACCAGCCUGGGGGAGGGAAUCCACUUACUUGUCUACUCUGCGACGGAUGCCUCUGGCAACACAGGAUCGUGCGUCAUGCGAAUCGAGGCCAAGGUUGCCAGAUGCCCCGGCUUGAAUGCUCCUACGAAUGGAGCCAUACAGCUCGUAGCGGGUCAAGGCUCGUGUGCGCAGGGCGCCGUCCACGGCUCGCAGUGCGAGAUCACCUGCAGUGUCGGACACGUCUUGUCAACAGGGGGCGCUACACUGAGAAGGCAGUGUAACCGUACCAGCGACCAAAGCAGCCAAGGGUACUGGAGCCUGGAACAGCCCACGUGCGAGGCAAACUCCUGUCCUCAUCCAGUCAUCGCCAAUGGCUACAUCACCGGUUGCCAGGGCAGCGCUGCCUCAUACGGGGAGUCUUGCGAGUUCCGAUGUGACCCAGGCCGAAGGUCAGCCAGCGGACACACUCGCCUUAGCCGUGAGUGCCAAGCUGACGGCUCAUGGAGUGGAACUGACUUCCAGUGCACAGAGAUGGUGACCUGCCCCGGCCCCUUCUCCGUCACGAAUGGGUCCGUAGAGCCCGCCCUCUGUCGUCAGGACCGGGCCUUGCCUUACGGUACAGUGUGCCGUUUCUCUUGUGCCAACGGUUUCCGCCUUCAAGGACCCACCAACAACACCUGCAGUGCAACUGGUGCCUGGGACAACCCCCACAGUACCGUCUGCCUGGACACACAGUCUCCGAGUUUCGACAGCAGCUGCCCACUCUCCGUAGUGGAGAGAAGCGACAACGGCUCCACGUCCGCCAUUGUGAACUUUGACGCACCGACUGCAACCGACAACUCGGGAUCGGUCACUGUGAAUAGACGAUCUGGCCAUCCGGCCCCAGGCAGUAGGUUCCCGGAAGGCAUGACCACCGUCACCUUCUAUGCAAUAGAUCCCAGCGGCAACACCGCACAUUGCGAUGUCACGGUGACAGUUACGGUGAACCGUUGUCAGAUGCUCUCGGCUCCGGCGUUUGGCUCCAUCCGCUGCAGCUUCGCCAGUCCGGUCGUGGGCACCGAGUGCAACUUCACCUGCAACAGAGGGUACACCUUGAGUGGAUCAACGACCGCAACCUGCCGGCUGACAGGCAACGGCAUGCGCUCCUGGGACGGGCAGACCCCUGCCUGUACAAUUGUACAAUGUCCCUCUCAGCCUACACCACCCAAUGCCGUCCAGCUGGGUUGCAGCAGCGACUUGUCCUCCGCUGAGACCUUCGGCACUGAGUGCUUCUUCUACUGUCAGUCUGGCUACCGAGCACUUUCCAGCGACGGCGGUAGAGCCCGCUGCCUGGAGAACGGAACCUGGUCCGGGACCGAUCUCGUCUGCACCGAGACUGAGUGUCCAACCCUGAGUCCGCGUGACAGAGUUACCCUGACCCCAGCCGCCUGCAACAACCGGCCAGUCUUUGGGCAAAACUGCUACCUGUCCUGCCCUGGGUCCGGCUAUGAAAUUGACCCCCGCGGGAGCGACUAUAUCACCUGCCUCAACAACGGAGACUGGUCCAGGAACAUCUCCAACACCACCUGCGUCGAUUGGCAAGAACCUCGCUGGGCAACUCGUCCGCCGAUCGUGAUCGUCCACCUCGAAAUUGGCCAGACGGCAGCUCACGUGAACUGGAACAUUACCGCCACGGAUAACUCUGGCACCCCACCGUCGGUGACUUGCAGCCCGGGACCCGGCCAAUUUUACCGGGGAGACCACUUGGUGAUGUGCACGGCCACGGACACGGCCGGGAACCAGGCGUUGCAUCACUUUGAAGUGAAAGUGCAGGGUUGGUAUACACACAAAGAGAACACUCAAUCUGACAGGUCAUCUUACAAACGGAUUCUUACCGUUGCCAUUAAUCCUUUGUAUUACUUGGUCAGCUGUGAUAGCCUGAUGCUUCCAAACGGCAUGCAAGUUGUUCCGCAGAUUUGUGCUUUUGGCAGUCCGCCAGCUGGUACCCUGUGCACCGUCCUCUGUCUGUAUGGCUUCGUUCCUUCUGGUGGGAGUGUCUUGUCAGUCAGAUGUGGACAGCAAGGGCUCUGGGAGGGCGGUCUGGCCAAUCUGCCAACGAGCUGUGAAGAUCAAGCGGCACCGUUCCUCACCUAUUGCCCGGGGCCAGUCUACGCCAAUCUCACCGACCCGGCUGGGGCAUUGGUGAGCUUUGACACCCCAACAGCUCAAGACAACGGCCUGCCCGGUACCCUGUCUCUGGUGAUCUCACCGCCCAAUAUCACCUCACCCUACCUAUUCACGGAGUCCACCGUAGUGAGCUUUACCUUCAUCGACACGGCCAACAACUCAGUCACAUGCAUGUUCUCAGUCCACCUCCUGGAUGAGAGAGAACCGGAGGUCAUUUUCUGCCCAUCCGAUGGCUACAGGGUCAUCGCUGUAGCACGCAUUACUGAAUUCACCUGGGAGGAACCCAGAUUCCGAGACCCAUCGGGAGACAAUCUGCUGAUCACCAACAACCGGGGACAAGGCAACACGUUCGACUUCCCCGUCGGCACUCACAUGGUGAUCUACGUGGCGCUGGACCCAGACAGCGGGAAGGUGGCCACGUGCCAGUUCACAGUGGUGGUCGAAUAUGCACCGUGCCUGCCCCUGAAUACUCCCGCCAACGGUGCCCUGGCCUGUGACUCGCUGGGCCGUUUCUGCGCCUUCCAUUGCAACGACCAGUUUAUGGUUCUGAGGACCAGUAGCCAUGAACCUGGCGAUGACUUUGAAUGCAGGCCGGACGGCACUUGGCACCCACCGGCAGACGAAUUGCCUGACUGUUCUGAAACUCGAAAUCCUUUUUUAACGGAUCUUAAGGCUAACUUGAAGUACUUCACGGGCGAUUGCACCAAUCAGUCGACCAUGGAGAGCAUCGCUGCUGCUUUCAUCAUGGUCCUGGAGGAUUCAGGAUCUCUCGAAGAGUGCAACCAACACAUUAACUGCACUGUCCAGAACGUGCAGGUCCACUGCGGGCCGCGCAGCCGUCGCCGCCGAAGUGUGGACCUUCCGCAGCGUGGGGACGUCCACCGGGGCCGCUGGCAAAGAUCAGCCCAUGCCCCACCUACAGGGUCACGGCGCAGGCGGCGCCGAACAACCGUUUCCUGGGAGGCGACCAUCAGCUUUGACAUCCGGGCCCCCUUCCUGCCUGCCACCAACGUCAGCAGCCGUGCAGUCGUGCUCGAGGCUGAGGCGGCGAUGAUGCGAGCAGCCGAUAGACUCUUUUACAGGAUGCUCAACGGAAGCAUCCCCCCUCUCCAGGUGCCCGGUUUAGACGUGGAGCUGGAUGAGACUUCCCUGGGGUACCGAUAUGCCGAGGUCCUCUGCGAGCAGGGAUAUAUUCCAGACAACGACGCCUACGUUUGUGCUGCUUGCACUGCGGGAACCAUGUAUAACGCCUCCACCGUGGAGUGCCAGUUGUGUCCCAGAGGGUCUUAUCAGGAGGAGCAAGCACAACUCACAUGUAUUCCGUGCCCCCCUGGAACUACAACGGCAGCUGAAGGGACCAAGAACGCAACUUCGUGCAGAGAAAUCUGUUCAGCUGGCCGUUUCUCUGACAACGGAAUUACCCCUUGCACCAGAUGCAUGAUGGGAAGGUACCAAGCGCAGCGAGGCCAGACGUCCUGCCAAACAUGCCCCGAGGGAACCACCACCCUGGACUUCGGAGCACAGUCAGUGGACCAGUGUUUGGAGCUUUGCCCGCCCGGCAGCAUGUCGGAUACGGGGCUGGCGCCAUGCCGGCCAUGCGAGCAUCGCACCUACCAACCCAGGAGCCAGCAACGGCACUGCAUCGUGUGCCCAGGGAACGGCACAACCCUGGGGGAAGGUUCGACAUCCGUAGACCAGUGCAUAGACGUGAAUGAGUGUGAGAGCUCCCCCUGUCCCCAAGAGGCCGCCUGCGUGGACCUGAUUGACGGCUACCGGUGCGAAUGCUUGCCGGGCUACGAGGGCGUCACCUGCCAGAACGUUGACGACUGCCGGAACCACCUAUGCAUCAAUGGUGCAACCUGCACGGACGGGCUGAUGAGCUACGUCUGCGUAUGCGACCCAGCAUACGAAGGCACUCACUGUGAGAUUAACGUCGACGAGUGUGUCUCGGCUCCUUGUCAGAAUGGUGGUUCGUGCCUAGAUGGGAUUGGUGAGUACCUCUGCCAGUGUGCGCCAGACUAUCACGGGAUCCACUGCGAACAGGAAAGGACCAGUUGUUCCCCCAGUCCAUGCCAAAAUGGUGGGACCUGCGAGGUUGUCGGUGCCAGGUACCAGUGUCGUUGCAGUCCAGGUUUCAGUGGCACCGACUGUGAGGUGGACAUCGACGAAUGCAUCAGCAAUCCCUGCUUCAAUGGCGGGACGUGUAACGACCUGCCCAAUGGCUACAGCUGUACCUGCCUGGCCGGCUACACAGGGCGGCUCUGCCAGACGGUCAUCGACUGGUGCGCCGAAUCCCCAUGCCACGAGGGCGCGACCUGCGUCGACCAAGGCCGUUUCUUCCGCUGCGUGUGCCCACAGCACCGAUCGGGACCCCUGUGCGACAGGACACCGUGCCAGAACAGCGGGCUGUUUCUAGAAGGUCUCACGGAGUUGUAUACCUGCCGCUGUCCGGCGGGCUACGAAGGUCAGAACUGCGAGAUUGACGUGGACGAGUGCGCAUCGGGGCCGUGCUCGAACGGAGCAACAUGCCGCCAACACCAGGUCAAUGCAUUCAUGUGUGAAUGCCCACCAGGCUUCCAAGGGGACCUGUGCACCAUCGACAUCAACGAAUGUGCGUCCAGUCCCUGCGGGAAUGGUAGCGCGUGCGAGGACGACAUCAACGGCUACACGUGCCUGUGUGGGCCGGGUAUGACCGGCGCCCGCUGCCAGGAUCCCGUGGACUUCUGUGUGCAGUCAGCCUGCCAGCACGGGGCCACCUGCCUCAGUAUCGGUACCGGCUACCAGUGUCUCUGUGGGGCAGGUUUCACAGGACCCGAUUGCCAGCUUGACGUAAACGAGUGCCUGUCAGGGCCGUGCAUGAACGGCGGUAGCUGCGCAAACCACGUGGGCGGAUUCACGUGCACGUGCCUGGGCGACUAUGUCGGGUCCCUGUGUGAAGUGCAUCGCAGCGAUUGCAGCUUCGAUUGCCAAAAUGGUGGGACCUGCUUGGAUGGCGUCACCGGAUUCUAUUGCGUGUGUCUGAAUGGCUUCACUGGUGCCCAUUGCCAGGUAAAUUUGCUCAAUUCCUGCAGCAGUCAACCCUGCCAGCAUCAAGGUACCUGCCUGGCCGGCCCCUCAGGCUACCAGUGCCAGUGCUUACCCGGCUACACCGGCCCCAACUGCGAGGUCGACGUGGACCACUGUGCCUCGGUCCCUUGCCUGCAUGCCACAGCUUGCCUCGAUGGUGUGGCCACCUACACCUGCUUCUGUGAGAGUGGAUUCAGUGGUGCCAACUGCGAUGUGGACAUUGACGAGUGCGCCAGCCGCCCCUGCCUCCACGGGGGGGUAUGUCAGGAUCUAGUUGCCGGUUUUUUCUGCUUGUGCCCGGAGGGCUUCAACGGCACUCUCUGUCAAGGGAUUGUCCCUCACUGCGGCGGGGAUCCGUGCUUUAACGGAGGAGUAUGCGUUGAUGUCAAUGACACUUUCCGCUGUCUGUGUAAUCAAGGCUCAACAGGCCAGUUCUGCGAGAUCAACCUCGAUGACUGCAACCCCGAUCCCUGCCUCAAUGGUGCCAAGUGCUCUGACGGACUCAAUGCCUACACGUGCCAGUGUCUUCCAGGGUACAGCGGCGCCAACUGCGAACUGGAAAUCAACGAGUGCCAACAAUCCAACGUGCAGUGUCAGCACGGCGGAAGUUGCGUCGAUAAGGUCGGGGACUUCGAGUGCUCGUGCGUCGCUGGUUAUGGUGGGCGGUAUUGCGAAGCGGAGACCGAUGAAUGCGAGUCCAACCCCUGUCAGAAUGGAGGAAGCUGUCAGGACGAGUUUGCAUCAUUCUCCUGUGACUGCCCGCUGGGCUUCACGGGUGCGCAGUGUGACAUUGAAGUCAACUUGUGCCUGAAUGGCCCUUGCAGGAACGGGGCCAGUUGCAUCCCCAGGGCGGGGAACUUCACAUGCGUAUGCCCAGCAGGUUUGAGUGGUUCACUGUGUGACUCUGAGAUUGACGAAUGUUCCAGCCAGCCGUGCAGAAACCAGGGUCGAUGUAUAGAUCAGAUGAAUGGUUACCAGUGCGAAUGCCUACCAGGUUACACCGGUACCCACUGUGGAGGAGAGUACUCCACAGACUUUGACCUCAAGUUCUCCAGCCCAGUGUCCGGUACCGACCUCGUGCGGGCAGUCAACCUGACCUCGGGUCAUCUGCCUGAACUGUCGGCCUUACUCUGGCUCCGAUCAUCCAAUUGCCACGGUGACUUGACCCUCCUGCUGCUGUCAGUCCCCGGAGGCCCGUCCAUCAGGCUGAGCCGGCCCAGCAACCUCACUUUGACCUUCCUCGGCUUCUCGCUGAACAGCUUCCAUCAGACCCCUGCCAGCGGGAUGGCAUCCACGCUUUGUGACGGACGCUGGCACAGCGUGCUGCUGACAUGGCGCGCCCUGGGCCCGAGGCAAGAGUGGGCGACGUACGUGGAUCAGUCGUUGGCGUCUGAGGGCAGUCUGUCCACUUCUUCUUUGGGGCUGCCGGCAGGGCUGUCGCUCAUCAUCGGUCCACAAACUGAAGAUGCUGUUGAUGAUGGCGUUGAACCCUUCGAGUUGGAGCUGAGCGGCGUCAACAUCUGGAGUCGUGCACUGAGUGAGGCUGAGAUAGCAGACAUAGCAUCGUCAUGUCGACCCACCUCAUCACUGGCCGACGUGUUCGCCUGGGGCCAGAUUCUAAUCAUAGCAAGUGAUGGCAUUACGCACACACUGAAGACGCCCUCUGAGUGUGAUGACUUUGAUGAGUGUUCGUCCAACCCGUGCCUCGCUGGUUUGUGCGAGGACCGAGUGAAGGGAUUUGCGUGCCACUGCUACCCAGGAUGGGAGGGAGACCAGUGCCAGACCAAGGUAGACUACUGCCGUCCCGACUCCUGCCUCAACCGGGGCGAAUGCCGGAGCGAGAACAUCAGUUACUCGUGCUCUUGCCCGAGAGGCUUCAGUGGCAAACGCUGCGAGUUGGAAGUCGUGAACGGCGGUUGGGGACCGUGGUCGCCGUUUUCCGAUUGCAGCAAGACCUGCGGAGGGGGACGCCAGUACCGAAUCCGCACCUGCGACAGUCCGCAACCACUCAACGGAGGACGGGCCUGCCCUGGAGAAGACCAGCAGUUGCUGCCCUGCAACAAUGGCAGUUGCCCAACUUGCAUCAACCUGAGACCUCCGCUGAAGGGCGUGUUGCAUUGCAACCGGACUGAGUCCAACGAGAGCCGCUGCCAAAUCGCUUGCAAACCCGGCUAUGCUUUCGACAGGGAGCCCUACAAGGAUUACCAGUGUGGGAAGAGUACCAGCUACGCCUGGAACCAUCAGUCGGUGGGCAAUCCCUAUGCAAAGCUUCCUUCUUGUGUCGAGGCAAUGAAUCCUAUUGGGACGGCUGCCGCAGUCACCGCCAACCUGUCACAGGUCACAUGCAACUCAGCGAGUCAACAGGAUGCAAUUUCAAUGAGCAUCUCCCAGAAUCCAGCAGUGACCAACAGAGACUGCGUGGCUGACCGGUCUUGUAGCUUCCGAGUGAAUGUUGCUAAUUGCAAGUAUAGCACGGGCCGUGCACCUCGCCAAACAGAGUCCAAUGUCCAGAUCCAAAUCGCAUUCUUCACCAACACAACUGGCAACAGCUCUGGACCUGGUGGAGGGGAUGAAAAUGACGUCACCCUUCAGGCAGCAGAAACUCUACGCACCCUCAUGCAGGUUGGGGGCUUCAUGCUGGAGGUGAAGGGCCAAGUGGUGCAGCCGGACCCAGACUCGGUGGAGUUGGACUGGGGAAGCAUUUGCCCCAACGGAUCGGUGGAAAGCCCGGGGGGAUACUGUGUUCGCUGCGGACCGGGAACCUUUCUGUUCGAAAGCCAAGUGGAACAGGAUACGGAGUGCCAGCCGUGCCCGGCCAACACCUACCAAGACCAGGAAGGGCAGAGGCAAUGCAAGGCGUGUCCGGGCGGGAUGGCCACCGACGGCAAGGGAGCCAGCAGCACCAGCGAGUGCUACACCCAAUGCAACGCGGGGAUGUACCGAGUGAGGGGAGACGUGAUUACAGACAGUCACUGUGAGCUCUGCCCACGUAACACCUACAGUCCCACCAGGGGGAUGGACUUCUGCCUGCUGUGCCCGCCAGAUACGGUUACCAAGGAGACGGGUGCCAGUCGCGAGACGGCGUGUCAAGAGCCAGUGGCUUCCACAGAGAUUCCUACACAAACAACUCCUCCCGAUGGUCCCAAUGAUUCCCUGUCGGCCAUCAUCGGUGUCAGCGUUGCCGUCAUUGUCCUGGCUGUUUUCAUCACCGGUUUUUGCUGGUAUUACAUCGCUCGUCGCCGGCCUGACGUGUCUCAGCGAUCACAGCAGCCCACCAUUCCUUUAAACAGUGUGGAACACAAUUAUGCAAACGUCAGAGAGUAAAUCUAGCUGUAAGGAAGUGGACGACUAGGGCUGCUUGGAACUGGCUGUGCCCACUGCCAGGAGGGUUACAUGUACAUGCAUUCGUGUGAGUACCAAUCAAGGCACCAGAUACUAUAAUGCUCUAGGUACAGGUGCCUUACCUUUGACAAGCAGGUGGCCCAAGACUUGUUUUACCCCCAGAGAUGAAGUGCAAGAGUUUGUAAGACUUUUGCAGGUCCUUUGUAUUACAUUUUUCAAUGCUAAGAUUCCUUUUUGCUAGCUGCAUUUCGGUACUUCCGUCUCCGGUGUUGGGGCCAGCUAGCCUGUUUUCUUAUUACUUUCCCCGGGCAAAAUGCUUAUUUUCUUCAACAUUGUAAACAUUUUGGUGACAUAGUAGGCCUAAGCAGGGUCGAGUCUUCACUCUCAUUUAUACAGGAUGCUUGUUACCAGAAUGGAUUUGUUUGGAAUUGCCGCUGUAACAUGUAUACCCAGAAUCCUAAAACGGUACAUACUGGAAUAUCAGAGAACUUGUAAUGAUUUGAUGUUAAAAGUGAAAGAAAAACAGAAUUGGAUACUUCCGAAAUGUUUGAAAAACUGUAAUAUUUAAAAACACUAGGUUACGCCCUUGCAAUUUUUUUUUUAAUUUUGGCUGAAAUUUCGGAAAAUAAUGAAUUGAAAAAAGUGUGCCCGGAAUCAUGCCAACCCCCUAAAUUUCUGGACUUGGGACUAAAAACGUCAAAAGGUAUUUCCGCGUUGUUUGCAGAAGACAAUUGCGAUAUUUCAGUAGCAACAAUAAGGAAAACCGUUGCGAUUUUCUGUCAAAACACUGGCCCCAAAAAAUGUAGUUGAACUUCUGUGGCAAUUGCAAGGGGAAUGACACAGAGUCCUCUAUUACAAGAAUUCUCUUGGCCAUGGUUCUAUAAAAAGGGCUCAAAAAAGUGGCAUUUUCCUUCAUCUGUCUGAGCUAAACUUUCUACAAGAUCAGACAGGUGACCUCUUCAAUCACACAGUGUUUGUGAAAACAAGUCGGCCUUUAACCCCUUUACGCCGGGACGCGUUAAAACAUGCCAUAAAAAUUUUCAGCUAUUAUUCUCAGCCCAUGCUCGAGCGAACACGGUGAAAGAAGGCAGACCCUGGCUCUUGUGUAUAUGAUAAUUGGUCUUUGUGUGUAGCCCAGAAAUGAAAAGACCGAAUUUGGACCAUAAAUACCAGCUUCACAAUACUCCCCACUUUGAAAAGAGGCAAUGGGAAUGUGGAAGCUUGAGUAGAGCCGCAUGCCACCGAACAAUCAGCCUUUUCACUGUGUAAGUCAAAGCUUUCAGAGCAGGCUGGGCCACAAACCGAGAAUUUGCGGUUUAGCAGGUGGCCUUCGUGGCCAAGCGAGGUUGGAAUUCUUGGAGUUGGCUUUCGGAAAGAAAUUCCCGCCGAGAAGGGGUUAAAACACCGGUCUCGAUGCCAAAUGAAGGGCUCCCCCUUCCAAAGCAUACCAAUCAUGGGACACAUCUGUGGAGUAAUCACCACACCAUUGAAACCUUUUCCUCUUUCACAGAUUAUGUAUUUACAUACAAAAAAAGAACAGUUUAGUUUGUGAGGUACAGAAGUACAAUAGACAAGUCUUAAGGGCAUUCAUCACAAAGGUUCCUGUACAGUAUUUGCAUCAGUAGGAUUUCUACAUUUUUAAAUUUUUUUUAUACAACAACUAAGGUUAGAAAGUUACAAGUUUGGCAAUGCGUUCAGUCAAGGUCUUGUCAAAAUGUACGAUACUGUUUUUAUAUUUGUUGUACCAUUUGAGUGAAAAUUUCAGAGUUCAUUAGGAAGGACAAGUACGUGUACUUUUGGUCUUUCCUGGGAAUCUGGCGUAAGACUUCUGACGUGCUAUGGUGAAAAGUCAUAGCGACCACACUCAAAAUGUGCCUAAAGGUGCACUCCACUUUUUCCCUAUCACAAUGGUUUGAAGUCAAAAACAGAAGGGGGGGUCAUUUUGGGGUGUUUGUAUUUUUGGAAAAAGUUAACCCUUGUUCUGUUUAAAUUCCAAGUUCUGUUGCAGGAUCAGAGACUUGAAAAUGUCAUUUUUCUUUCCAAUUUUGACAAUUGCAUUAUUUGUGGCCAGUCAGCAAUGUUAAAACAAUCGUCGGAAACAAGAGGGCCUAGCCGCCAGAAUAUCUCAUCACCUUUUUUUUUUUACCCCAAGUGUAAUGCCAUUGGAAAGCUCUUUUUCUGCUAAAAGUUUAUUUAAAAAUAGCAAUUCAAGCUCAUUUUGUGGUGACAGGUCACAAAUGCUGUAGUCUGUACCAAUCAACUGACCAAUGAAGGCAAAAUGUUACAAAUUGAGCAACUUAUGCUCACGUCAGGUUAAACAGGUCUUGAGAAAACUUUACACCCAUGCACGUUGCAGCGAUUACAAAAAAAACCCAGUUAACAUGCUCAAAAAGAUGACGUCCAAAAAUAGAUGGCUCAUAGACGAAUGCUGACAAAAAUAGAAAUAACUGUAAAGUUGAACCCUGUUUAUGAAGCAUUGUAUUGGCAAAAUGUUCAAGAUGCAAGAGGUCCUUUGGUGCGUCUUAACCAAUGAUACAUAAAAAUAAAUGAAGGCUUUGCAUGACAGCCAUCUUGCAGGGCUGUUGUUUUGUUCCACUGAAAACUUUUGGCCUCCAAGAUGGCAGCUGUGCAAGCCCUCCAUAAAAAUGACAUGUCUUCAACCUGGUCUAUCAAAAUAAGGAACAAGUCCAGUGUUUCUGCAUUUCAGGAUUGCCUCUAAUUAUUUGCGUGUAUUUACAUUCAUGGUUUGUUUGUUUUUAAAUCUGUAUUCAAUGCUGCUUUAUAAUUGUGUGAAAAUUGUUUUACGACAUAAAAAAGCAUACUUUAAUAUCAA